AGCGGACAUGAAUUGUGCGAGUCUAUGGUCGGGCGUGUCGGGGUAACCGGUGCAUUGCACUGAGAUCGCCGCAUUAACGAGCCUCCCGCGGCAGCCGCGGAUGCCGGAACCAGCGCGGCCGGCAGGGGGCAGCCGUGGGCGGCGGCCGGGUCCCACCUGGGCAGGUGACACUCGCACCUUUCUGAGGAAACGAAACCGAGAGAGCGGGCAGGGGCGGGACCGCCUGACGCCUCCCCAGCCUGCGGACCGAGUGCCGGAGCUUUCGAUCGGAACGGGCCGAGUUCUCCAGGACGCGGCGAAGAACCCGAGGGAGGGGAGAGCACAAGGCAGGUUUGACCACUGAGAACUUCUCUGAAAGAAGAAGAUGGAGUUUGCCAGCAGCCACUUCUAUAUUCGAAGUCCAGCUGACACAAAUCAGGCCAAGCAGUCCGGUGGAGUUGGCCCCUCGGGGUCCCAGGGCAGUGAAGGGAUUGGGCAGGGACUUCCCAUCUACGACGCCGUGGCGACCUGCGGCCCAGCCCCAGAAGGACAACAGCCGGUAACCUCUCCACACUAUGACGAGGUGUACGAACCUUGCCCGCAGAAUCCGCGGGCAUGUGAAGGGGGUGUCAGGGGCGGGGACCCUAUCUACCUCAACAGCAUUUCGGUGCCUGUGGCCACUCCUUCCGCACCUACCUACGACAACAGAUCGGGGCUCAGCCUGCACAACCAGGCAGAAGAACGCAGCAGAGUUGUUGAAAGUGGGAAGGCUUCAGACCCCCAAGCUGGGCAGCAUUUCUCCAACCCACCACCAGUGCCUCCACCCAGACCUUCCCGACACAGGACAGCCCAAGGUGAGCUCCAGCACAUAAACAGUGUUGUCGCUUCCUCAUCCCAGCCGUUCCCUUGGUUACCAGGCCUCCCUCCCAUCCUCUUCCUCUGGCCCUUCUCUGGGAGUGGUGAAAGGUCCUCACUCUGCCCCCACCCCGCCCCAUACUAUCUCUCCCCUCACCUCUGCCUUCCUUCACUGCCCUGA